GCCAUUGUCAGCGGAAGGUUUCAUCAUCAUCACCUGCGAUGUUGUAAACUGCCAUCUUGAAGACAGACACACAAAAAUCGGUUAUAACGUGUACGAUUGAGCCCAAAUAAUUGCAGCAUCCAAACUAGCAUAAUCGGUUAUUAUUCUAUUUAUUCCUUACUGUGAAAUCUCAUAAAAUGCCGCCUCACGAAAGCACAGAAGGAGCACAUGACACUACUGGGCCGACGGUGCCUCCAAAUAGCGCCGGAGACGAAGGGGCGACGACUACGACAAACUGGACCGCUUUACGGAAUCAUCUCACAGAGAAAAAGAUCGAUACUGCUUUGUGGUUCACUCGAGUCUUCACCAUAAUCAACUCUUUACUCUUCCUUCUUCCUCUAUUUAGUCCCCAGUUUAGUUAUAGCUGUUAUAAAAGAGCAUUAAUCAGCUCAGCUGCAACAUCUGCUCUGCGUCUGCAUCAAAGACUACCACGUUUCCAGUUCAGCAGGGAAUUUAUGGCUCAGCUUUUCUUGGAAGAUAGUUGCCAUUAUCUGAUCUUCAGUGUGAUGUUUAUCAACUCUUACCCAGUGACAAUGAUUCUAAUUCCUGUUGUCCUCUUUGCCAUCCUUCAUACUGUCUCAUUUACUAAGAAACUUCUUGAUAUUCUCGGAUCAGGGGGCAUGCUGGCAAUGUCGCUAGUGAGGUCUGCGCGUCAGGCCAUCUGCAAGGUUGAACUUUAUCAGCAGGGUCUAUUACGUUUCAUCGCAUGCACAGAGAUUAUGCUGAUGCCUGCUAUCAUCCUCAUGACCUUAAGUGGACAAGCUGGCAUCGUCAUCCCAUUUGUGUAUUACAGGUUUUUAAGCCUAAGAUAUUCUUCCAGAAGAAACCCAUAUUGCAGACUUCUGUUUGCUGAGCUGAGACAAGGAAUACAGGGCUUGGCCUACCACCAGCGCUGCCCUGUUUUUGUACGCUCCUUUGUUCUCAGUGCCAUCAAUUUCAUUUCCCGCCUUGCUCCGACAAUAGAACCUCCCACUGCCCAGUCUGGAUCUUCUUGAAGUGGACAAUAUCUUCUCACUUCCAUAUUUUUCUAAAGCUAUUGAAAAGGAACAAUAUAACAAAGAUGUUUAAAGCACCCAAUUUACAAUACUUGGAAUGGAUUUAUUGUUUAUGGAAUUAUUGUGAUGCAAUCACAGUUUGUUAUAUAUUCACUAAUAUGUCUUGCAAAAAGACAGAACUAUUAUGUUAUUAAAGCAUUUACAUGCUUUUUCUUUACGUUGUUUGUUAAUGUUCUAAAAAUAUGUCUAUAAAGUGUAUCAUCUGCUUGCCCUAAAGCAAGGCAGUAAAAUGAAAUGUGCACUUUAGCUGUAUGCUUUAAUGAAUGCUAUAAUCAGAAUAGCUUUGCCAAGAUAUUAACAUGUGUUUUGUUAAAUACCUCUGCAAGUUUAGGAAGAUAAAAGUUGUGUGCAAUUUAAAAUGGGCUACAUUUAUUAUACAAACCUGUUUUUAUCAUCUCAUCUCAUUUAUCUUAUGGAAAAUUUUACAUUAUUCAUGUAACAGGGAAACAGUUAUGCUUCUCCUUGUAUGUAUUACAUUGCAGGCUGUUACAAAUUAAAAUACUUAUGCAUCCA